AUGCUCCCAGCGCCCUCUGCACCUCCGCCCCAGUGCCUCUACGUGGCCGACCUCCAAGUCUCCAGCGCCGGCUACGUUGUCACCUCCUACGGCCGCCUCCUCGUGUGGGACGGCGCCGGCCAGUCGCUGGCCAACCUCACCGCCGUGCCCACCGCCCUCGCCCUCGACCGCACGCAGGACGUGCUCUACGUCGCCGGCCUGGGCACCGCGAAUUCCCUCUGUCCGUGCUCGCUCCUCAACGACCUGUCCACCAUACGGAGCAUGGUGGCGGACGAGAGGGACGGAGGGCUGUUUGUGAGCUUGCACCAGAUGAUCUGCCACUUCUACCCGGUCGCGCAGACCAUUACCGGCUGCGAUGACUUCGGCAGUCUUCUCGGCUCUGCCACACUUACACACCUGGUCCUGGAUCCGGAUCGGAAUCUGGUGUAUGGGGCGCCGAGUGACGGGCUGGCCGUCAUGGUCUUCUCGGUCGUGGCCUCCUCCAAGCUGCAGUAUUUGACCACCUGGACGCCCUUGCCGCCCCAACAGAACCGCACCUAUGUCGGGCUGGCUAUGGGCGCGAAUGGCAAUCUGUUCGCCAAUCUGAUGCCGCUGGAUGGUACGGUGAUCGUCGAGCUGGACCUCAACAACAACGGCAGCCUGGUGUCGCGCUACGUGGCCUCCGCGGCCGAGCUCGCCACCAUCGACGACUUCUACGACCUCGCCUACAACAACGACACCGGCCUCUUCUACUCCUUCUUCACCUUCCAAGGCAGCACCCCAACCAUUGGGUCGUACCAGCUCGUGCCGUCGUCGUCGGUGAACGGCACCUUCAACAACUCGAUCAUCACCGAGUUCACCUCCCCCGGCUCCGGCCCCGCCUCGCCCCUCUCCAUGGUCUGGGGCCGCUGCCCCUACCUCGCCGCGCCCUCGGCCUCGCCGUCCCCCGCCGUCGGCGGUGGCGGCAGCAACACCAAGCAGGACAUCACCAUCUCGUUCAGCGUGGCCGCGCCCUUCAUCAUCAUCAUGAUGCUCAUCUGCUGCUGCUCGCCGGUCGUGUUCGUCUGCGUGUGGCGCCGCCGCCGGAGGUACUACACCGGGCCACGGGGCCGCCGCGGGAGCAGCGCCGAGACGGGCGUGGAGAUGACCGACCUCGAGGGGGCGGCCGCGGCGUCGGCGUUCACCUACCGCGAGAUCGACUUCGCCGACCUCACCCUGGGCCGCGAGCUGGGCCACGGCGCCUUCGGCCGUGUUUACCGCGGCGAGUACCGGGGAGCGGUGGUGGCGGUGAAGAUGUUCGAGGGCGUGCGGCUGGACGAAGCGGAGGAGCAUACGAUCCGCGAACUGCGGAAGGAGGCCGAGAUGCUGGAGAACCUGUCGAACCACCCCUGCAUCGUCAAGUUCGUCGGCGCCAUCACCCAGGGUACGGGAGCGGUGGUGGCGGUGAAGAUGUUCGAGGGCGUGCGGCUGGACGAAGCGGAGGAGCAUACGAUCCGCGAACUGCGGAAGGAGGCCGAGAUGCUGGAGAACCUGUCGAACCACCCCUGCAUCGUCAAGUUCGUCGGCGCCAUCACCCAGGCAAGAGGAGGAGCCACCACGUUUGCGCUGGUUACGGAGUACUGCUGCCGAGGCUCGCUCCACGAUCUCCUGAUUCGAAAGAACAAGAAGCUGCCGUUGAUCACGCUGGUUCGGAUGGCACGCGAUGUGGCUACGGGCAUCCUUCACCUCCACAAGGAGCACGUGAUGCACCGCGACAUUGCGGCUCGCAAUAUACUCGUGGGCAAGAACUACGAGGUGUACGUGGCCGACUUCGGGCUGGCGCGCACCAAGGCCGUCGAGUCGCGGGUGGCCACCACCAAGCAGUCCUUCGGACCCAUCGCC